CCAUCGGGCAAUUCGGACCGUCUAAAAGAGAGCGCUGUUCAUUUUCACAGAAGGGCUGGGUCUCGAAAGGUUGGUCGGGAGUCCAAUGUCCAUCCAGGGCUGGCAGGGGAGACGCAUGCGAUGCUAUACGGCAUUGGACUCGAGAGUGCAGCCUGAGCAAGGUAGGCAUCCACUGAUCCAGAGGAGUUUGCAUGCCGUGGUGGUGGUUCGCCGUCCUCUUGAUUUGCUGCAGCGACGUUCAGCAUCGUCAUGGUGGAUUCCAACCUCGAUUCUGGAGAAACAAACACUUUUCGAGCUGUUGUGCUGGGAGGUACUUUUGAUCAUCUGCACGAUGGUCAUCGAGCUCUUCUCAAGGCUGCUGCCAACGUUGCAACAGAGCGCGUCGUUGUGGGUGUCAGUACAGGGCCUCUCUUGGAGAAUAAAGAGUAUGCCAAGUUGAUUGAGCCCUUGGAAACACGCCGACAAAGCGUUGAAAGAUACAUCAAGUCGAUAAAGAGCAGCCUUUUGGUGCAAACAGAACCACUGGUGGAUCCUUAUGGGCCUUCUAUCGUUGACGAAGGACUUGGGGCCAUUGUGGUCAGUAAAGAGACUGAGAAAGGAGGGCACGCAGUCAAUCAGAAGCGAGCUGAAAAGGGCCUUUCGACAUUGCAUGUGGUCGUUGUUGAUCUUGUUGGAGACAGCAUGUCCACUGAAAAGGUGAGCUCGACCCUACUUCGAAAGCGGGAGGCAGAGGCUUUGCAGGCCCGGCAUGUAGCUUAGAGCGGUGGGCGCCGUGGAGAUGUUACCAUCUCUGUAAGCAUAUCCUCAACAUCUCGGAGUUCAGUAGCCUCGACGAAUCUCGUUGACGAGGACGCGUUAGUUCUGUAGGAUGUAGCUUGUAGAGCAGAAUGUAUAGCUGGUCCUUACACGGCCCAGCUCCUCAUAGUAUGUUCAUAUUGGGAUCCUGGGCCAGGUAGUUUCGGUCCUUUUAAACCCUGUAAAUACUGCACGAUGGCCGCAUAUCAAAGGUUAUUCUGGUCCAGCUUUAGCGUCAUCUAAUCCUACCUAAGUUGCGGUUCGACAUAGUCGUGGUCAGACUGGCUUGCACGCGCGCACAUGCUUCACAGCAUGCCAAUCACAGAGCUUUAAUUUGGUGAAACAGUACAUCUUCACAAUCAUUGGUCGAAUCUGUU